UCAAUGAUGAAAUAAAAAUAGCUACAACAGUGUGAUAGAGCCGGCCAUGACUACAAGAGUACCAUAUUAUUAUAAUACAGCCUACAAUAGUAUUACGACUUAUCCAUACCCAUCUAAAAGACCUCCCGAUAAUAUGAUAAGACAAGCAAACAAUAAUUAUAGCGACACAGAGAAAACGAAAGAGGAUUACGAAAGGAAAGAGAUUGGAAAUGGCACCAGAAAUAGAGAGAGUUUUAUGAUGCUAGUCGAUGAUUUUAGUGAUUAUUUCUAUGGAAAUGCAAGUCACGAUAUAUUUAGCGUUCAUAACGGUUCCUUAGACAUUCUAAAUGAUGUAUACGAGUACUCAAAUUGCACGUUUAACGGGACUUUAAAUGUUUCUUGUUUCAACCGAAUAGAUGUUACCCCUCAAUAUAAUUUCUGGGCUUUGUUACUGUUGAUAUUUCCAUUUUUUACUCUGUUCGGUAACGUGUUGGUGAUACUGAGUGUAGUGAGAGAAAGGACACUGCAGACGGUGACGAACUACUUCAUAGUGAGUCUGGCAGUAGCUGACCUGUUGGUGGCAGUCGUCGUUAUGCCAUUCGGAGUUUAUUAUCUGGUGAACGGAUCGUGGGGUCUGCCGGCGUUCGUCUGUGACGUGUACAUAGCCAUGGAUGUCACGUCCUCUACCUCCAGUAUAUUCAAUCUAGUUGCCAUAUCUGUUGACAGGUAUAUCGCGGUAACUCAACCAAUAAAGUACGCGAAGCACAAGAACAACCGUCGGGUGUGGCUGACGAUACUGCUGGUAUGGUUGGUGUCUGCGGCCAUCGGCGCCCCCAUUGUACUCGGCCUGAACGACACGCCUGACCGCAAUUUCGACGAAUGCCUCUUCAAUAGCCAGAACUACGUGCUCUACUCCUCCAUCGGUUCCUUUUACAUCCCCUGCAUUAUGAUGAUGUUCCUGUAUUAUAAUAUAUUUAAGGCACUAAGAAAGAGAGCGAAAAAGCAACGUGCAGCAAAAAAACCUCCGGUAUCUGGUGACCCCAUAACCGGAGCCACGACCGCCGUGGUCAUAGAGAACGUGGCACAGACCAGAAUGCUGACAGAAACCGCGCUGCACGAUGACCGUCCCACGAACACUGGUUCCGGGAGCAACGAGGACGAUCACGAUGACAGCUUCGACAAGAGGUCAGUGGAUCUGGAGGCUGACGCUGAAGACUGUCAUGUUAUACCUAACGACAAAUCGACGGACUUCAUGCUCGCUGCUGUCGCUGAAGAAACAAUCAAGACACCAAAGAGAAGUCUGAAGAUACAGAUGGUGCCGGACACAAACGGGAACAACGACUCAGGAUAUGCGGCGUCAGCGGCGGAGGAGGGGCGUGAAUGGCGGGAGGUGCGGGAGACGUCGCCGCCGGGCUCACCAGGUCCACGCGGCGCCACCGUGCUGCGCAACCUCGCCGCUGACACCAAGUUCAAGAAAAACGGCAAAAUGACCAGGCUGGAUACAGACUCAAGAAACGCGUCGCUGGGCAUGCGUUCGGAGGAUGAGCACGAGGCCAGUACGCUAGAGCUGCGCGAGUGCAGCAAGAAGGAGCGCAAAGCCAGCGCCGCCACCGCACGCUUCACCAUCUACAAGGCUAACAAGGCCAGCAAAAAGAAACGGGAGAAGUCCUCCGCAAAGAAGGAGAGGAAGGCCACCAAGACAUUAGCUAUCGUCUUAGGUGUGUUCCUGUUUUGUUGGGCGCCAUUCUUCACGUGCAACGUUGUAGAGGCAGCGUGCGGCAAACUAGGCCUGGAGUGCAGCCCUGGCGUCACUGUCUUCAUCCUCAACACCUGGCUUGGAUAUGUCAACUCCUUUCUCAACCCCGUUAUCUAUACCAUCUUCAACCCCGAGUUCCGCAAGGCCUUCAGGAAGAUUCUCAGGUGCAGCACCUAG